AUGCUGAAAAGAAAUUCAAAUAGUAGUCAGGGGAGCAUGCACAAUGGCGGUAAUGAUAAUAAUAACACAAAUGGCAACGGCAGCAAUAACAAUAACAACAAUAAUAUCGGAUCUAGUAUAUUUCAGAAUUUAAGAAGAAUGACAAAUGGCUCCUCAAGCCACAUGAAAUCUCCAAGUAGUUAUUCUAAUUCUAUCAAAUCUUCAUCUCCAACAAGAUAUUCUGUGGAUAGCAAUAGUAAUAUUAAUAACCCAUUAAAUAAGAAAAAUUCUUUGAACUCCCAAAACUUAUCUCAAUAUGUCAAUCACUCCACAAAUAAUACCAAUACCGCACAUAACUUAUCACAUUCUAGGAACCAGUCUAUACAGUCCAAUAAACGAUCUUCCAGCCAUUCAACUGCCUUGAGUGAUAAAUUGUUGUAUCGACAGCAAUCAAAUCUUUCGUCUUCUGCAAAUAGUAUAUUGUCGCAUGAGUCUAAUAUCUCCUCUAAUUCAACAUCUACAUAUCACACUUUUGUCAAUUAUUCGAAAUAUUUAAAUUCAGAUGGCCAAUUCGUCGUACCUGAGAUGCCUUCGGAUCCUAUAGAAGUGGAAGAUAUGUUUCUUGAUAUAAUGUACAAAAGAAACAUCUUCCCUAAUUUGGAUCCAGAGAAACAAAAAGAACUAUUAAAUUAUGACGUCAAUAAAAAAUGGCUGAUAGUCAAACAAGACUUGACAAGUGAAUUCCAGAAAUUUAAAUCAAAGACUAAGAAUAUGUUUAAGUCAAAAACCCCUAAUAUAAACAGCAUUAACAACAGCACUAACAGUAAUUAUAAUAAUAAUAAUAAUAAUUCAAAUAUACCCACUAAUAUAGCCACAACCCAUACCUCUCAGCAGCCAAAUAAUAUUCCUAUAUCUUCUUCUAACCAUCGUGAUUUACAAAGAAAGAGAUCUAAUAUGACUUUAAGUUCACAUGUAACUACACAUACCAGUAAAUCAAUUAACUCUAGCAAUACGACUACUUCUGCUAAUUCAAAUUCCAGAAAUACUAAUGUUUCUUCUGUGUCAUCCUCUUCUCUACCCAUCAUUGUAUCUCAUUCAACUAAAAACGGUACUGUCAGUACAGGCCAUAAUAACAACAAUAACCAUCGAUCAAGUUCAAACGUUUUUAAUAAUCUAAAGAACAAUAAUUCUAGUUCACAAUCUUUAUCUUCUGAUAAAACAAGCAGAUUACCUAGCCACUAUGUUAAGAAAAUUAUUGCAGAUCAAUUGACUCUUGAUCAAAUGAAUGAUCUUUGGGUCACUCUAAGAACCGAACAACUAGGUUGGGUAGAUGCAUUUCUGGCUGAUCAAGGUCACAUUGCCAUGGCUACUGUCCUCACUAAUUCAAUCUAUAAAGUGUCUUCUUCCAAUAAUCAUAAACUAUCACAAGAUCUAUUAGAUAAAGAACAAAGUUUUUUUAAAUGUUUCAAAGUAUUAGCUAUGUUAUCACAGGGGUUGAGAGAAUUUACAAGUCACUCAAUUAUGACUGAUACUAUAGCAAGAGGUUUAUUUUCAACAAGAUUAAACACAAGAAGAAUGGCUACAGAGAUCUUCGUAUGUAUGCUGAGUAAUCAUCCAGAUAACGAUAAAUGUUUUAACUCUAUUUUAAGUUCAGUAGAUGCAAAUUUUACAAUAGGCCAAAACUUACACAUGAUAUCGUACUAUAAAAAAUACCCUGCCCCUUUCACAAAUAUUAAUCUACAGACAGAUUUGAAAGUGGUCCAAUGUUGGUUAUUUGCUUUAGAACAAACAUUGGAUGGCCGUGGUAGAAUGGGUUCUUUGGUUGGCGCAUCUGAAGAUUUCAGAAAGCAUGAUGGAGAAAAUUCAAUAUUAGAAUAUUGUCUGUGGUCAUUAAUUUUUAUAAACAAGUUUUGUUCAAUAUCUAAUCAUAUUCAUCAAAGAAGAAAAUUGAGAACAAAAUUGGAAAAUUAUAGAUUACUAAGAAUAAUGAAUAAAAUGAGAUCACUAGAUUAUGAAAAGAUUAAUACUGAAUUAGAAAAUUAUGAAAAUUCUAAAUUAGAUGACUUUAAUCUUCUAUUAGAAGACCAAAAGAAAGUGACAGAUAUUGAUUUGAAUAAUCCAAUAUCAUUAUUACAGAAUUUAUGGGAUUCUUGCAAAAGUACGUCAAAUGAAUCUCUAUUAGUCUCUUUAAUACAACAUUUAUUUCUUUCAAGCACAAAAGUUAUGGAAAAUAAUGAGGACCCAACACAACUAUCUAAACAAUUGAAAUUAAUGGAUGCAUUAGUCACAAACGUUGGUUCCUCAUUAUCUGCUGUCACAGAUGAAGACGCUACUAUGAACAUGACUAUACAAAGAUUGUUUGAUGCAAUGCAAACUGAUGAAGUGGCAAGACAUGCAAUAAGUGAAAGUAGACUCUUAACAAAAAAAUUAGAGGAGGUGGAAGCUGACAAAGCAAUUUUACAAGAAAAGUUAAGUAAAGCUGAAAAUGGUCUGGUGGGUCAAUUAGAGAAAGAGAUCUCAGAGAGAGAUAGGUUACUAGCUAAGAAUCAAAGAGUCACACAACAAUUGCAAUCAGAAUUGGAUGAUUUGAAAAAGAGAAAUUUAAUGGAAAAACAUGAACAUGAAGUGGAGUUAAGAAAAAUGUUGACAAUUUUAAAUUCAAAGCCGGAGUUAUACGAAGAUACAAAGAAUCGUUCAAAUAGAUUUAGAGUUAAAGAUUCUGUAGAUGAAACAAAGCAAUUCAAUAUACAAAAGGUUAUUCAAGAUGGCUUACAAAAGAAUAAAAGAAAUUUCACUCAAGAUGCAAGGAAAUUUGGUAUCACUGUACAACCAAAUCAAAGAUUGCAAAAACUUAGGUUACAGAUGGAAGAUAUUGAAAAGGAGGCACGACAAUUGGAAAUGACAAAUUUUGUUGACAUUGAAAGAUUAACAAACUCUGAAGAUAAACCUCAAAGUAAGAAAAAGAAAAAGAAGAAUAUAAAGAAAAGUACUUCUCAGUUAGAUUCUGAAAGAGAUUCACAAGAAGCAAAUAUCAAAAAAUUAAAUGAGUUAAGGGAUAUUCUUGCGUCAUUGCAAAAUGAAUCUAACGAUAUUUCUAAAUUUAAUGUAGAAGAACGUGUUAAUGAAAUGUUUAGUGACAAGAAACUAAAGGCUUUACAAAGGUUAAAGGAUUUACAAUCAAAGUUUAAAGACUUAAAUAUUAACUUUGAUAUAGAUGAAUUGAUAUCAGAUACAGAGAAAACUGAAUUUAGUGCCACUUCUUCAGGAAAAGAAGGCUACAGUACACUAGAUCCAAGAUCAUCAACUAUAAAACUUAAUGAGAUUGACCGUUUAACAAAAGAAUUGUCAAGGUUGCAAGGUAUUUUGCAGGAUCGUGUAGCGAAAGAAAAAAAUGUCAAUGUAUCUAACUCUUCUUUUUCAUCUACAUCUUCUUCAGACUCAGAGUCUUCUUCCUCAAUAUUAUCAAAUAAUGAUGUCACGAAUGACACAUUAGACAAGUCGGCUAGGGUAUCUACUUCCUUUUUAGAAACGUUAUCAAAGAAGUAUGGUACUGGUCAAAAGGAGGUUGCGCAACCUAUAUCUGAGUCUCAACGAAAUGUCAUGGAUAGAUUAAGAAGGUUUUCUGGUCCGGCCCCUUAUUUAGAAGAACUUAGCCAAAGAGUAAAACCUGCAGUUUCAAUUAAUGGACAAGAGGAUGGUGAAAAAGAUAUAGUGACAGUUGUGGCAGAAGUUCCAGGCAAAGAUCUUGAAACAAAAGAAAAUGUUUUGAAUAAUUCAGCAACUGAGAAAGUGGCUACCGGUAAUGAUAAUGUUGAUGAUGAAAAUGACAAGCAACCUGAUAUUCUAGGUACUGGAUCAGAAGCUGUCAAAGAUGAGGGAUCCAAGUCUACAUCUGAGGAUGUUUUCAAGACAGCACCAGAUACGCCUGUUAAAGAGAAGGAAGCAAUUGUAUCUUCUUCUUCUGAUAUUCCACCACCACCUCCUCCUCCAUUGCCUUCUUUGUUUUCCACUGCCAGAAUGCUGGCCUCUGAUAUCACAGAUUCCACUCCAGAAUCAGAGUUGCAAGAUACCCCAAGUACAACAACAAUCCCUCCUCCACCUCCACCUCCACCUCCAUCAUUCCUGUCUAAUAAUGAGGACAUAUUUUCAUCUGAUCCACCUAUUGCUCCUCCUCCACCUCCAUCAUUUAACAGAUUAUCUACAAUACCUCCUGUUCCUCCUUUAAUGGCAAAGUCGGACAGUUCUUCUUCUAUUGCUUCACCGCUGUUAGUACAAUCUGCUAGUGGGAUUUUUGAAAAGUAUCCACGUCCACAGAAGAGAUUAAAACAAUUACAUUGGGAAAAGCUUGAAUCAACAGAUAACUCAAUCUGGAAUUUCAGCCAAGCAGAAAAAUUUGCAGAUGAUCUAUAUGAAAGGGGUGUUUUAUCCGAUUUGGAAAGAGCUUUUGCUGCAAGAGAGAUUAAAUCGUUACAUUCUAGAAGGAAGGAAGAUUUAGAUAAAAUAACCUUUCUAAGUCGUGAUAUUUCUCAACAAUUUGGAAUCAAUCUCCAUUCCUUCAGUAAUUUGGAAGUUUCUGAUUUAGUGACAAAAAUAUUACGAUGCGAAAGAGAUGUACUUCAAAAUCCUACAGUGAUUGACUUUUUAUCUAAACAGGAAAUAGUGGAGGUUUCUGUAAAUUUAGCAAGGAAUUUUGCACCUUAUACUACUGAUUGGGAUGGUGUGAAAACAGUGGAGGAAGCUAAAUUUCCUGAAAAGGAUCCUAACGAACUUCAAAGGGCUGAUCAAAUCUAUCUUCAGUUGAUGGUAAAUCUUCAAUCUUACUGGGCGUCAAGAAUGAGAGCAAUUAAAGUCAUCACCACAUAUGAAAGAGAGUAUUCUGAGUUAUUAGGUAAAUUAAGGAAAAUUGAUAAAGCUGUUGGUUGUUUACAGGAUUCUGAAAAUUUAAGAAAUGUUUUCAAUGUUAUUUUAGCAGUUGGUAACUAUAUGAAUGAUGCAUCUAAACAAGCACAAGGGUUUAAAUUGACAACGUUACAAAGAUUGACUUUUAUUAAAGAUACUACUAACAGUAUGACAUUUUUAAACUAUGUUGAAAAGAUAGUUAGGAAGAAUUAUCCAAAGUUUGGUGAUUUUUUAAAGGAGUUGGAACCAGUUUUAGAUGUAGUGAAGAUAUCUAUUGAACAGUUAGUCAAUGAUUGUAAAGAAUUUAGUCAAUCGAUUGUUAAUGUGGAGAGGUCUAUUGAUAUUGGUAAUUUGAGUGAUUCUUCUAAAUUCCAUCCAUUAGAUAGGGUGCUAGUAAAAGUGUUGCCAUUUUUACCUGAAGCUUUAAAGAAGGGUGAUCUAUUAAAUGAUGAAGUAAAACUGACCAUAAUGGAAUUUAAUAAUUUGAUGCAAGUUUAUGGUGAGGAUUGUGAUGAUAAAUUUGCUAAGGAUUCAUUUUUUAAGAAAUUUGCAGAUUUUAUACAAGAGUAUAAGAAAGCUCAAUUACAGAAUCUGAAAGCUGAAGAAGAAGAAUUGGCCUACGAAAAACAUAAGAAGAUGAUAGAAGAACAGCAAAAGAAGGCGGAACUUGCUCAACAAAAACAAAGAGAGAGAGAAAGUGGCAAAGAUAGUAAUAAUAAUGACAGCUUGGAGGAAUCUUCAGAGAAUGGCGAUAAACGGGCAGUAAUGGAUGUAUUAUUAGAACAGUUAAAGAAUGCAGGGACAACUAAAGCAGAUCCAUCAUCAGCAAGGAAAAGAGCUUUGGCAAGAAAGAAAAUGGCUGUUGAUAAGAACACGAGUGGGAGUAUGAACGAGUUGGAUACAGAUGAGGAUUCCAUGAUAUAUUCACCAGAUACAAAGAAAAAAUCCAUUGAUCCAUAUAUUACUGGUUCCCCAACACCUGCUCAUAGAAUCGUCAACUCAGAGACUCAAGAUGAAGAUGAAAUUACAGAUAGAGCAAAAGCUUUGUUAUUGGAAUUAAGAGGAGAUGUAUCACCCACCAAAAAGAAUACAUUAUUGGAUGAACAUCGUGAGAGAUUGCGUGCACGUAGGAAACGUAAUGGUAGUAGCACUAUGUCUACAGGUUCUUCCUCUAAUAGAUUAGUCUUUUUGGAUUCUGAAGAAACGGCUGGGUCACAAAAUUCAAAUUCAGAAAGGGAUACAUAUCUCUCUGAUGUAGCUGAAUAA